GUUUCAGUUUUCACAAAGAACUUUUGAGUUCUAGAGAGAGAGGAUUUUCGGUGGGGAAAGCAUAAAGAGAGAGAGAUAGCUUAGAUAUCGUAUUGAGACAGCGGAUUCGAUUUUACAGCCGACUCUUUCAGGUUUCUACAGUUGCUACCUAGCAGAUCUGAGAGGCUUUUCAAAGAAGGAGUAUGACUAGCAAGGACGGAACCAGUAGUAAUAAUGGUGGAGCGCUUCAAUCAAUUCCCGCCGCGUCUAGGAAGAUGGUUCAUAGCUUGAAAGAGAUUGUAAACUGUCCCGAUGCGGAGAUCUACUCCAUGCUCAAAGAAUGUAAUAUGGACCCCAACGAAGCCGUCAAUAGGCUUCUCUCUCUAGACCCUUUUCACAAGGUUAAGAGCAAACGAGAAAAGAAAAAAGAGACUAAAGAGGUAGAACCCAAGCCUCGUGGCGCUGCUGGUCGUGGAGGUAAGGCUGGUUCAGACCGGUAUGUUGGACAUAGUGGAUCAACUCACUUCAGCUCUUUUGAGCAAGGAAGUCUACAUGGUAAAUCUGCAUACAAGAAAGAAAAUGGAGUAAACCCUUACAUAGGUGCAACACCUAGCAUGCCUUCCAAUAGCAUUAAUCGACAGCCACCUACCACCAGUAAUCCCAUCUCGAUGGAAAACAAGGUGAUGACUGCAGGUCCAGUUGAUAGUUAUUCAACAUCUUCACAACAUCAAGGCUAUCAACCUGCUUGGUCAGGGCCACCUGGACAUGUUUCAAUGGCUGACAUUGUUAAGAUGGGCCGACCACCUGGCAAAGCAAUGAACUCAUCUCAACAUGUCAGUCACCAUUAUGUUCAAGCACCUAGGUCCACUGUUUCACACCAUGAUGUGAAUCUAUCAGAAUACCAUGUUACUAAGGUUUCAGAACUGGACCAUGAAGCAGGAGAUGACGCAGAACAACAUGCUGCUCCUGAUGAUGACUGGCCCAUUGAUGAGCAUAUACAGGCAGACAGUGACCUGCAUGUUAUGUUACCAACUACCCCUUCUGGGCUUCAUGUAGAUAUGUCUAACUCUUCAACCAAUAGAAAUAACCAGCUUCCACAAUCUCAGGCAGAUGAGGUACAGUUAGCUGAUGCCUCUAUUGAAAAUAUCAAUUCUACAUGCACUGGAUCUAUUCGCAUCUCGCCUGCAAGGGUAGAUGAAGAAAAUGUUGCCAAUUCAUCCCUCUUCAACAACGAAUUAUGCUCAGAUAUGGGUUCUUACCAAAUGCACAGACAUAGUUUUCAGAAUCACGAAGAUGAAGAUGUGGAGGUCCAUGUAUCAUCAGUGGCCACAAACAUGCAGCAUCUUAGUGUAGAGGAGGACCAGGAGAUUCUGCAUGAAGAGGAAAAUGCUACCGUAAUUAUUCCUGACCACUUGCAGGUCCAAUCUGCAGAAUGUUCACAUCUAAGUUUUGGAAGUUUUGGCUCUGGACCAUACGCCUCUAGGACUGCGACCUUGAAGCAUAACAUGGAGGAUGCUUCCGAAGAUGUAGUUGCUUCACCUGAUGGGCACUCAGAAGCAAGGAAAUUGGAGUACUAUGAUAAUGAACCAAUUAGAACUGCAGCCAAUGAGAAUCUUGUUCAUAGAGAUGGCACAACUGCGGAGAGUUAUGAACCACUCUCUGCUUCAGAAUCACCAGGGGAUCUGAAAGAAGCUGUCGUGCUUCGUGAAAAUCAUUAUGGUUAUCCACCCUCCACAUCUAGCUACGCCUUUGAAAAUGAACAACAGUUAAAUGCUGCAUUAGCUCAUUCACAAUCUAUCUCUCAGAUCCAGAACCUUCCUCAAUUCUCAAGUGCAAUGCAACACACAUAUUCCAACUCUCGGCCAAACUCUUUAUUAACAUCAAAUGCUCAAGCCACAAGAGAGUCUGAUCUUCAGUACUCACCUUUUUCCACAACGCAAUCAAUGACUUCAAAAUAUGGCAACACAUUACCUUCCAUUGGUGGAACAACCCUUUCAAUGCCAGAUAUGUUGAAGGCAGCUGGAUUUUCAUCAAACCAAUCUGCAGUCCCUGGAAACAACCUAGGCACAGGGGUGGGACCCUCAAGUGUUCCUCAGCAGCAGCAGCAUAUUGCAGUGCACCCAUAUUCUCAGCCUACUCAUCCUUUGGGACCAUUUGCCAAUAUGAUUAGCUAUCCAUUCUUGCCUCCUCAUCAUCAGAGUUAUACAUAUAUGCCAUCUGCUUUUCAGCAAGCUCUUGCCAGUAAUGGCCCAUAUCAUCAUCAUCCUCAGUCACUAGCAUCUCUUCUUCCCCAAUACAAGAACAGUGUUUCUUCUUCCAGCAGCUUGCCUCAAUCUGCUUCUGGUUAUCCUGCCGGCUUUGGAAAUUCAACCAACAUACAGAACAACAACUUCUCCAUGAAUCCUCCACCUGCUUCUGCACAGGGACACUCAAACAUCGGCUAUGAAGAUCUUAUGGCCUCUCUUCAGCAGCAGCAGAACGAGAACUCUCAGAUGUGGGUUCACGGGGCUGGUUCAAGAACAAUGCCAGCUGUUUCUCCAAACACAUAUUACGGUUUAACAACAGGGCAGAGCCAGCAGCAAGCAGCAGCAGCAGCUGGAUUUCGUCAAAGUCAGCAGCAACAACAGUCGUCGCAGAAUUAUGGAUACCAAAAUUUCUACCAAUCUCAGGCGGAGAUGGCGGCAAUGGAACAACAGCAACUCCAGCACCACCACCAGCAGCAGCAGCAGCAUCAAAACCCUAGAGGAGGAGAUGGUCUAGUUGGUUCUCAAGGUCAAUCCUCUUCCUCUAAGCAGUCUCAUCAGCAAGCGUGGCAAAAUAUUUAUUAAUCCUAAUCUAUGAAUCAAUCAAUCUAUCUCCUCUUAAGCUCUAAAGGAUCUUGCAUUGAGUUUGAAAGGAGCCAAUCAAGAUAUAGUAGUUUAUAUGUUCUAGAAGCUGUACUUUAGAAAUUUAUCUUUUGCUGAUGCUUCUUAGUUUAGAGUUAGGAUUGAUGCUUGUGUGCGCACUAAUUUGAACUAAUCUACCAUUUUCUUCUCCUUUUUUUUAGUUA